AUGGCCACCACCGCUUCGGUCUACAACUUUUCCCGCACGAACCGGCAGAUCCUUCGACGCCAUCGCAAGGACCGCCCCAGCCUCGUGCUCCACCUGCACAACAGCCACUUUAGAUUCGAGCGUCAGAAUGGCAUGUUCCUGUUCGAUAGCCCGGUCAAGGCGUUCCUGCAGUACAUCCGCGACCAACGCGUCCCCGCUGACCUCGUCGACGUGCUGACCGACUCGGGCGUGCAGUUCUUUGAAGGCUGCCUGAUCGUCGAGGUGCACGAUCACCGCUCGCACAACGUCUCGCUCAACUCGGCCCUUCCGCCAUCACAGCUGCACUCCCUAUCGAACGGAUCGAGCCUUCGGCAGCCGCGUCCUGCUCCCGGAGGAUCCGCGACGGCGUCUGGCUCUGCAUCUUCGACGGCGCAGCCUCCGUCCCUGUUCUACCUGCGCGAGGGCGGCCGCUAUGGCGCGCGAAAUCUCAUCGGAGGCGGCGGGCCUAGCGGAUCGUCCCUUGACGGCAAGUUCGGCGCGCUCGCGGGAAUCGAAAUCUAUCGCAUCGUGCUGCAUCCCACCUCCGAGACCCUCUGGAGCGACCUCAAGAUGCUCGACGACAUGACCGGCGGCAUCUGGUCGGAUCAGGAGGCGCUCGAGGUCGAGGCCAAGAUUCUGUCCCUUACCGCGCCACCGCUCUGCUUGUCGCCCGACCCGCAAGCAUCCCGCAUCGCCAAUUUGAUGCUCAGCUCCACAGCGCCGCCCUCGGCCUACGCGCCCUCGUCUGCCUCGCCGCUGCCCUUCCACCGCAACGCCAGCAAAAAGCGCGGCGCCAACAGCAUAGAGAUGGAAAAGGAAGAGGCGAGCCGACAGAGGAGGGAGAAGAUCAUGCGUAUGAUGGAAGGAGGCUUGCGCACCGUCCCAUCCGCUGCCAAACCGCCGGACGGCUCCGCCCUCGCUGCCGUCGCUCCCGUCAACGCGCAGGCCGCCGCCGCAGCGUCGAAGGCAUUUGUGCCGACGUUCGGACGGAUGGCGUUCAUCGAAAAAUGGCGCAUGGGGAGGAACCUGGCCGCAGACCCACACGCCGCAUCCGGCACCGCUUCCGGCACGAAGGACGACUCGGGCAAGACCUCGGGCGCGGCCGCCAAGGGGGACAAGGCAGAGCCGGCCAAGAAACCACCCGCCAAGAAGAAGAAGAAGGCGCAACGCGAAAAGGAGGAAGCCGAAGCGGCGGCCGCGGCGGCGGCCGCUGCUGCGGCCGAGGCCAAGAAGAAGGAAGAGGAGGCAGCGGCCGCAGCCAAGAAGGACACGGCAGCGACGACGGGCAAGCCGCUGAGCAAGAAGAAAAAGGCACAGCUGGCCAAGGAGGAAAAGGAGCGCAAGGAGAAGGAGGAAAAGGAAAAGGCGGAAAAGGAAAAGGAGGAGAAGGAGAAGAAGGAAAAGGAUCAAGCGGCGGCGGCGGCGCCGGCCAAGAAGAGCAAGUCGAAGAAGAAGAAGGACGAGGGCGACACGGCCGCCGGCGGUGGCACUGCAGCCAACGGCGCGGCCAACGGCGACAAGGGCUCGGGCGCCGCAAAGGCCGGCACGUCUCCGACAAAGGGCAAGGCGGACGCCGCGACGCCUGCCAAGGCCGAUGCCACCACCACCGGCGCGACGGCGGGCAAGAAGCCAACGCCGGCCAAGAAACCGGCGGCCAAGAAGCCCGCGGCGAGCAAGGCGAGCAAGGCCAAGACUUCGCCCACCAAGACAAACACGUCGGCUGCCAAGGCGGGCACCGAUCCGACAUCGACCGAGGCGCCCGCCAUGUCUGCUGCCACGCCGGCGUCGAUCCAGUCGACGCCGACGCUCUCCCACGCCAUGCCCAACGUGGCGCAGCAGCAGCAGCAGCAGCAAGUCCAGGCGGCCAUGUUCAUGCAGCAACAACAGCAGCAGCAGCAGGCGAACGGGAUGAACGCCGGGCCGUUCUACGGCCUACCGAUGAUGAACAACGGCUCGGCGGGCAUGUUUGCGCCCAACGGCGUGGGCAUGGGCGGGCCGGGGUUGGCGGGCAUGAUGCCGGGCGUAUCAAUGGGGACGCCGCAGGCAGGCAACAUGGCUGCGACGAUGAUGGGCGGCGCGCCGGGAAUGGGCAUGGGCAUGAUGCCCACGGGAUCGCAGCAGGGUCAGCCGGGCGUCGGCAACAACGGAGGCGGAUUCAUGAACGGGGCCGGAGGGUAUCCCGGCCUGCCGCACGGCGUCGGCAUGAUGCCGCAGCAGCAGCAGCAGCAGCCUGGCCAGCCGCAGGGCAACAACCUGUCCGACCUGCCCGUCGGCGUCGGACUCGCUGGACUGGGCAAUUGGGGCAAUUCGUCGUAG